AUGGAUCCUAGUCUCGACGAAGAAAGAGAGGAGAUGAAGUCCUUCAUGAAAGAUGAAUAUGAAAACAUGUACGAAGAGUUCUGGGAAAUGGGAGAAUGGCAGCUUCAGGAACACUUUGACAAGGACAAACUAUUCGAGGCCCGCAACCCCAGCCCUAGCUUCCUUUACUACUUUGAUUACAACGGAGAGCAAGAGUGGGAGGUCAACUGGAGGUUCAAGAUGAUGAGACAGGCGCUCUGCUUUCGUGGAGACUGGAAGCGCUGCGCCGAGUUGGCGUCCUCGGUCGCCGACUUUGCCCGGGUCUUCGGCUUGAAAAAUGUCGUCGGCAAGAUGGAGGAGGUAGAAGAGCGCUGCAGGUCGACGGCCGCGGACACCAACCAACUCAGCCAUAAACAGGCGGAGCUGGACGAUGACGCGCACGAAGCCGACCCAAAAGAUGCAGGCGAGGUGGUAGAGGAGCAGGUUGCCGAGGCGUUGGGGCAGCUAGACCUGCAAGCGGAUGCACCAUCCGCCGAAGACGUCCAGCGCGGGUCGGACGAUGAUGAGGAGGAGGAACCUGACGAGGAUGAGUUCGAGCAGGAGAGGAUGAGGAUGGGCCAGCAGCUCUGCCAGGAGGUUAUCGACGAGCAGGGCCACGUGAAUGUCGAGAUGCUCAAGGAUGUGGUGCGAAGUGGGUACAUUAGCAUGGAGCAGAUGCGGAAGAUGAUCGAGACGAUGAUCGAAAUCGGGGCGAUGGACGAGACCACGAUGGAAGAGAUGAUGCAAAUGCUGGAUGAGGUCGGAUACAUGAACGGCGAAGACGCCUUCGGGGAAUACGGCGACUGGAUGGAGAAGCUCUGGGAGUCCCCAAAGUACCAGACCAAUUCGUUCACUCAGGAACAAGCACAAUCCGCGAAGACUGAGGCUGAUGACGCUCUUCGCCUGCUGUUUUCAUGCUUCUACCAAAACGAGGACCCUGACAUGUCGACCUGGGAUGAAGACAGGAAUGAGAGUGAAGCGCCCGAGCCCGAGGGACUCAAGAUCAAUUGGGGGGUCUUUGCUGUUCGCCUGGCGGUUGGUUUCUUGACGAAUGGUCUGAGCGAGGACGCGCAAUGGUUCCCCAACAACCUCGAGAGCCUAACCUACUGA